CUCCAAGUUAAGGCAAGUCCAACCUCAAGUUGUUUUAUGCAAAUUUAUCCAUUUGCCUACGCUCUUAUAUUUUUUUUCUGCAGGAGGACCCACGGUCAGUUUUUAAGGAAGCCAUGUUUAUGUUGAAGAUCUCUGCCUUUCUCGUUGCGUAUACGCUGGUCAUUUGCCAGAUGUACAGCUCCCAAGCAGCGCCCGCCAGACCUGGUUUAGAGUCUAUGACAGACCGGGUCACACUCACAGACUAUGAAGCGCGCAGGUUACUAAACGCCAUCAUCAAGGAGUUUGUACAGAUGACGACCGAGGAGCUGGAACAGCAAGCGAACGAAGGGAAUAGCAGUGUUACAGCACAGAAGCGAGCGUGCAACACGGCCACCUGCGUCACCCACCGCCUGGCCGACUUCCUGAGCCGGUCGGGGGGCAUCGGCAGCAGCAGCUUCGUGCCCACCGACGUGGGCGCCCACGCGUUCGGACGGCGGAGGAGAAGUGCCCAGAUGUGAGGAGCGAGCGAGCGAGCGAGCAGCAUUCCACUGGCCUUUCAGGGAAAUGAGGUUGACCCAUCUCAAGAAGACGACAUUGUGUCCAAUCUAGGCAGACAAAACCACAUGCCACCACAUGCAUCCUCCCUGUCUACGAAAGGAUCUGCACCCAGGACAUCACAACAACAACAACAACAACAACAACAACAAAAACUCUCACGCGCUCUCUUGAUGUUAUGACUCCUUCAUUUUGCUUUUGGCAAUCAUGACAAAGAUGACGAAAAAAAAUACAAAAAAAGAAAAACAAAGUUACAUCACACAACCACCCAAACCUCCCACUAAAAAAAGAUACAGAGGAAAAAAAAUAAAUGAAUAAAUAGAUAAAUAUAUCUUAUUUUUUGAUAUG